AUGGGUUUAAUUCUUCGAAAGGCUCCAAAUCUUCCUUCGUUGAUACUCUGUGCGACAAGGCUUGUCUACCAAACUUCGAGAACGGACAGUUGUUUUUCUUACACAGUACUAAAGAAUAAGUGUGCGUCUAGCUAUAUGAUCGCUGGUUCUAAGGUCGGUCUCCCGGACUUCAAGCUUUCCAGCCAAUAUCGACCGAGGGAAGGCUAUAUGCUUGCACAAAGGUACGGAGUAUACACUCCGUCCCAGCAAAAGCCGAAUAAGAAAGGAAGAAGACGAACAGCCAACCAACCAGCUAGCCAGCAGCCAGUCGGUAGCACUAUUACUACUCUGCAGGUUUGCCUCUGGCCAGCUCCACUCCUUGGUUUCUGCCUCUCGCAUCUAGCGUUGGUAUCACUCUGGGAAUUGCGUGUGUCGCUCUCGCCGAUUGAAGGAUUGUUACUGGUUACGAAGCAACUUAUACAUAUAUGGGCAAUAUAUAUCGACCUUUUCCGAGACGGAAUUCGAGUCCCCAAGACAGGCUAA